GAAAAUUAAUCUAAUGCUUUCGCUCUAGGAAGAGGUUGAUCCAUCACUUCUAACACUUGAAUCUCGCCAAGAAGAUAUUUUAAAACGAUUGUAUGAACUUAAAGCUGCUGUUGAUGGGCUCUCAAAGAUGAUACAAACACCAGAUGCUGAUUUUGAUGUAACUAAUAUAAUCCAAGCUGAUGAAUAUGCUCCUUUGACUGCAAACACAGCAGACUUAGAUUCAAUGCUUGGGAAGGAUUAUGGUGCUCUGAAAGAUAUUGUCAUCAAUGCAAACCCUUCUCUACCUCCAUUGUCACUGUUAGUACUGCACGGUCUGCUGUGUGAGCGCUAUAAGAUUUUAUCCACUGUUCAUACACAUUCAUCAGUAAAAUACGUGCCAGAAAACCUUUUGAAAUGCUUUGGUGAACAGACUAAAAAACAAUCACGUCACGAGUACCAGUUGGGCUUUACUCUCAUUUGGAAGGAUGUUCCCAAGCCCCAAAUGAAGUUCAGUAUUCAGACCAUGUGUCCCAUUGAAGGAGAAGGAAAUAUUGCUAGAUUUUUGUUCUCUUUGUUUGGCCAGAAGCAUAAUGUAGUCACUUCAACUCUGAUCGACAGUUGGGUAGAUACAGCCAUCUUUCAGCUUAAGGAAGGCAGCAAUAAAGAAAAAGCAGCAGUCUUGCGCUCCAUGAACACCACCCUUGGCAAGACUCCCUGGCUGGGGGGAAAUGAACUCACUGUAGCAGAUGUUGUUGGAUGGUGUGCACUUCAACAGACAAGUAGCUCUAACGCUGUUCCAGCCAAUGUACAGAAAUGGAUGAAGUCUUGUGAGAAUUUGGCACCUUUCAGCAGUGCCCUUAAACUAUUAAAAUAAGUAUGUGCUCUUCUGUAAUCUUAUUCCACCUCAUUCCUGGUGUGGUGGUUGUGAAAGUCUCUAAAAUGUAUUUUAGUGCAAGUUAUUGACUGAAUUCUUAACAGCAGUUGUAAAAUCUUAUACCAAUAAAGAUAAUUCACAAUUGCCUUUUAA